GCUUGAGCUAAUAGGAACUUAGGCGUGGAGUCUAACCUGAGCACCUGGGGACGCAGGAAAUGCGUCGUCGAUAUGAGUACUAUGUUAAAGACAUUGUAAGUAGCACGUGCGAGAUUUCUUAUAGUUCAUGUUACAGGUAGUUACAAUGAGGAUAGUGCCUGAGCAAGGCGACACGGUUCUACUUUUGCCGGCGCCAAGAGUGUUGCAAGCCGUCUUGUUAACCCGCACUGAGACUAUCGCUUUAGCAAGUGCGAAGACUUCAUUGGAAAAGCAAGAAGGGCUGGCAGAUGUUGUAAGCUGCGCAAGUGCCCAAGGAGCACUAAUUGCGCUGAAAGCGCUCGAUGACAGGACCAUAGUCCGACGAUUCCAUUCUCUUGGGACCAUUGCUUCUGGCGAUGUUAUUGUACGCGUGGACGAUGGGGCGGUGGGCUACCCACUCCAGUAUGUUUUGGACAAGCAACCGACGGAAGCACAGUGGCAGGACGCAGCAGCGGAGAUGGCACUGCGUAUUAUAAAAGCAGAAGCUCGGCCCUUGGCGCUGCAAGAGGUUCGAACCCUGUGCGAGCGGAUCGCCAAGCUCUACCGCUGUGCAGAGCUCUUUUCGCACCACUCUGCUCAAACGGGCAGUUUUGCUGGCAGCUCAGCUGCUGCUGCUGCUGCUUCUGGUUCGGAGCAGGACGCGCGCCUGCGUUCCCAGCUCCUAACCGCGCUGCGGGCACCCGCUGGGGACGAUGCCACCUGGGAGCAGUGGUGCGUUGAGUUCCGACAGUGCAAAUGGAGCGAUGAAGCGGCGCUGCAAAUGGCAACAGCCGGCCAACAACAAACGCAACAGCUGCAACCUCAACAGCAGCAGCAGCAGCAGCCUCUGCGUUCCUCGGAUCCCGCCUCUACAACCGCAACCCCAGCAGCCUCAGCAGCCCCAGCGAGCGUCCAAGCGCAGGAUCAACCCCAACACCCCCCUCUCGCUACCUCCCACGACGUCCCCCUCCCAGAAGUAGCCCCCCAGCAGCCCAAACACGCGGUGUCGGCCCCUAGCAAAGAGCCCCUCACGGCCACUGCUGCUGCUGCCACUGCACCUCCUCCUGGCGUCAGAGGCCAGUCGGCGGCUGCUCCCGCCUCCGCCCUGCACACGGAAGGCGACAACCCGCCGCCUGCCGCCGCCGCCGCCUCACGUGCCGCCGGCGGAGGAGGCAGAACAGGGGAGAUCGCCUCGGCAGCCACCUCCAUGUCGGCCGACCUGCCAGGCGGAGGCAGCAGCAGCCGCCGCAGCUGCGGAGGCGAGGUUGCGGAGGGCUCGGAGGGCCGCCGGCGGCGGAGUCGUGAGCGUCCGGAGCCCUCCGCCUCCUCACCCCCACAGCCCUCGACUGAGAAGCUGCACCGGCAGGCGCAAUCACAGCCAGAUCAGGAGCGAAGGCCCGGCCACCCAGCCCGGCGCGGGCGCCGUUCUCGCUCCCGAUCCCGUUCUCGAUCCCGAUCCCGAUCCCGAUCCCGUUCUCGAUCCCGCUCUCGAUCACCUGGCCGGCAGCCGCAGCAGCAGCGGGGUGGCGGCGGUGCGGGUGGGGGCGGCGGGCGGGAGUGGUGUCCGAAGGAGUGGUCGCUGCGCGUGUACCGCUACCUGCUGCAGCAGCCGGGGCAGCAGGCGGAGGUGGCACAGCUGGUCGGCGCCGGGCUGGCGGUUCCGAAGUGGGUUCUGCAGGAGAAGGGCAAGUCGCCCUCGGGCUACAUGUACAUGUUCGACCACCUGUGGUUCCCGUCCAAAAGGGGCUACGGGGGGCCCAUGCGCAUCUACGCCCGGCCUGAGGCGGCCAGCGGGCUGGGGCUGACACGGGAGGGCGGGGAGGAGGAGAAGGAGAGGAGGGGUGGCGGGCGAGAGGGCGGUGAACGGCCAGAGCGACGGGAGAGGGAAAGGGAAAGGGAGAAGGAGAGGGAGAAGGAGAGGGAGAAGGAGAAGGAGAGGGAGAAGGAGAGGGAGAAGGAAAAGGAAAGGGACAGCGAGAAGGAACGGGAGAAAGGAAGGGAGAAG